GCUUGUUUGGAUUUAUACUGUAGGGGUGUAGCAAUGUUUAAAAACUUUUUAUUGUAGAAAUACUACUGUAAAAGUAAGCCUUUAAAAUAAAUUAUUAAUACAUACGUAUAUUAAUAUUAUAAUGGAUUCGUACAUAAUACAGGUCCGACGUGCGUGGUUAAAUCAGGAUGGAGAUUCUUUAGCGGAUUUACUGUCUUUGAAACAUAGUCGUGUUUCACUUCCUCAAAUAGUAUCUGAAACUGCAAUGACAAAAGUAAUGGAACAUUUAUCCACCCCUCUUGACGACUUGGUAUUUUACCAUUUAAAAACUGUAGUAGCAAUGAACAAGGAUGAUUCGUUAACUAUGUAUAAUUAUCAGAGUUCUGCAGUACAGUCAUUAACAAAGAUCCUUCAAAUACAAAAAGAAGAGAACUGGAUGUUACCUGUCAUGAAUGUAAUGUGUUUGGAAUUAAGAUUAUUAGCAGUAUGCGCUGAAAAUACAAAAAGUAACAAAAGCAUGAAACCUGGAGAAAUUUUAGAAAAGUGUGCAGAUUGUCUGAUGGGCUGUUUUCGAGUAUGUGCUUGCGAUAAUCGCAGUUCAGAAGAUGACACAAAAAGAUGGGGAAUGCUGACAUUAGUUAAUCAGUUAUUAAAAAUUUACUUUAGAAUUAACAAACUACAUUUAUGCAGGCCAUUAAUAAGGGCAAUAGAGUCAUCUCCAUACAAAGCACAUUUUGCAUUAGCACAACAAAUUACUUAUAAGUUCUUUGUGGGUCGUAAAGCAAUGUUCGAUAGUGAUUACAAAGCUGCCGACGAAUAUUUGACUUAUGCAUUUGAACAUUGUCAUAAACAAUCAUCAAAAAACAAACGAUUAAUUUUGACAUAUCUUGUGCCAGUGAAGAUGUUACUAGGGUAUAUGCCAAAACAUAGCUUGUUAGAAAAGUAUAAUUUAAUGGAAUUUUGGGAGUUAAUGGAAGCUGUUAAAAGAGGAGAUCUACGUAAUCUUGAAAAAGUGAUGGAGAAACAUGAAUCAUUUUUUAUAGGAGCUGGAAUAUACUUAAUCGUGGAAAAAUUGAAAAUAAUAGCCUACAGAAAUUUAUUUAAGAAAGUAUAUUUAGUGUUAAAUAUACAUCAGAUUCCUGUUCAAAGUUUGCUAUUGGCUCUGCAGAUGCAUGGAAUCGACGAUGUUGAUAUGGAUGAAGUGGAGUGCAUUGUUGCAAAUUUAAUAUAUGAAGGAAAGAUUAAAGGUUACAUAUCUCAUCAGCAUAAGAAGCUGGUCAUCUCCAAGCAAAUUCCCUUUCCGCGACUUUCAACAAUACCCUAAUCAUUAUUGAG